GAGGCGGGGUCUGCCGGGCCAGCUUCGCCCGCUGGACCUCGACGCGCUGCUCGUCUCCGUCGCCUGCCGCUGCUAGAGGCGCCGCCUCGCUCGCUCGUCCUGCCGCCGCGGUGCCCCCGAUCCCGUCCAUGGCUGCAGCGAGACGGGCGCUGAUCGUGCUGGCGCACCAGGAACCGGGCUCCUUCAACCACGCCUUGCAUCGGGCGGCCGUCGAGGCGCUGGAGAGCGGCGGCUGGAGCGUGGCCGUCUCGGACCUCUACGCGCAGCGCUUCGAGCCGGUCCUGUCGCGCGCGGACUUCGCCGGCGACCCCGACGACCCGCGCAACCUCAACUACGCGAAGGAGGCCGGGCUGGCCUGGAAGGAAGGCCGCCUUAGCAGCGACAUCCUGGGCGAGGUGGAGAAGCUGGCAGCCGCCGACCUCGUCAUCUUCCAGUUUCCUCUGCAGUGGUUCGGCCUCCCAGCCAUUCUGAAAGGCUGGUUCGACCGGAUCCUCAUCCAGGGCUUUGCCUACUCCUACGGCGCUAUGUACGACCAGGGGCCCUUCCAGAAGAAGAAGGCCGUGCUGUCCUUCACCACUGGCGGGAUGGGCUCCAUGUACACCCCAGCGGGCAUCAAUGGAGACAUUAACAUCCUGCUCUGGCCAAUACAGAGUGGCACCCUUCAUUUCUGCGGUUUCCAAGUCUUGGCUCCCCAGAUUGCUUUCAGCAUUGGCCAGCACACUCCGGAGGAUGUCCGCUCCCAGAUCCUGGAGGACUGGAAGAGGAGACUGGCAGCCAUCUGGGAAGAGAAACCCCUCAGCUUUGCCCCAAACAGCCUUUUUGAGUUGAAUUUUGCUAAGGGGUUUGUGCUGAAGAAAGAUGUCCAGGAAGAACAGGAAAAGGAGAAAUACGGGCUGGCUGUUGGUCAGCACCUGGGGAAGCCAUUCCCGCCAGACAGCCAGGUCAAGGCCCGGGAGAAGUAACUGUCCCAUUGAGAAGCUCUGUAGGGUUGCAGGGGCCAUAAGCCCACUUCUCCCCCUCCCCUAGAAAUUAGCAGGUGCAGGGAAAGCUAAGACAAUGUCAGAUCCUUCAGGCAGGUUUUCUACCCAGCUCUAUUCUUUCUCUUGGUGGUGUAAUUUGGGGCUUCGGUUGCCUUGAAGGGCUGCCCACCGAUGGGAUCAAAGCCUGCUAGCAUUGCUUCAGCAUUCGCGUUGCCUAAAACCUUUUCUCUUUGCAUAUUUAGGGUGCUAAACUCAGUGCUUGCUUUUUAAAUCCCAAGUCCAACUACUGAAUCUAAUCUGUCUGGUGCUAGGUAGGAAGUGAUCGUGGUCCCUCCUUUUCUGUCUGUGAAUGUUCUCAGUGAAAUAAAUAAAAGCCAUGAAUGUGCACAU